UCAGUAUCCCAGAUCAAAAAAAAAAAAAAAAAAAAAAAAAAAAAAUCUCGGUCCAAAUUCUUUGAAGCAGAUAAAACAUAACCAAAAUGAGCACUAAUUUAUUUCCAUUAUUUUUUGUACCAUUUCUAGUUUUGUCCCUCAUCCCAUGCUGCUUAGCUUCUGGUAUAUACCAUCCUCUAGACCCUCUUAGCCCUUCUGAAUUCAACCAAAUAAAGGUCAUAGUCCAAAAAUCCCACCUCGGAUCUCUUCCUAACCUGACCUUCCAUUUCGUUGACCUCGAUGAACCCGACAAACAAGACGUCCUCAACUUUCUAGCAAUCGGACACAAUGAGAAAAACAAAUCCAUCCCAGCUCGCAAAGCCAAGGUGGUUGUUCGAGCAAUUGGUCAAACCCACGAGCUCAUCGUUGACCUAACCACAAACUCAAUCAAAUCGGAUCAAGUUUACGCCGGUCAUGGUUUCCCUCCAUUCACAUUCAACGAGCUUUUCCGAGCAAGCAAACUUCCUCUGAAUUAUACGAAAUUCAAGGACUCUGUUACGAGCAGGGGUUUGAAUUUGUCCCAAGUUUCCUGUGUACCGUUCACUGUGGGUUGGUAUGGUGAAAAAAUCACCAAACGAGCUCUAAAAGUUUCAUGCUUCUAUAGAGGAGGUACAGUCAAUGUCUUUAUGAGACCGAUCGAAGGAAUAACUUUAUUAGUCGACGUUGAUAUGAUGAAGAUCGUAAUGUACAUUGAUAGGUACAGAGUCCCAUUACCAAAAGCUGAAGGUACAGAUUUCCGUACAAUGAAAUCGGAUUCGAAAUCUGAAUCUUGCAUGGAAAAAAAAUCUGGGUUCACCCUGGAUGGCAAUAAGGUGAAAUGGGCUAAUUGGGUUUUCCAUGUGGGAUUCAGUGCUCGAGCUGGUGUGAUUAUAUCGACAGCUUCUGUAUUUGAUGGUAGAAAAAAGAAGUACCGGAGUGUGCUUUAUAAAGGCCAUGUGUCAGAGACUUUUGUGCCUUAUAUGGAUCCGACAAAUGAAUGGUAUUUCAAGACGUUUAUGGAUAUUGGAGAAUUUGGGUUUGGAAGAGCGGCUGAUUCUUUGCAAAGACUGAUUGAUUGCCCAGAAAAUGCAGAGUAUAUUGAUGGGUAUAUGAAUGGGGCAGAUGGGCAGGCACAGAAAGUGGAAAGGGCAAUUUGCAUAUUUGAACGCUAUUCGGGUGAUGUUGCAGCCAGACAUACUGAAAUUAAUGUUCCUGGGAAAGUGAUAAGAAGUGGUGAACCCGAAGUGAGUUUGGUGGUGAGAAUGGUGGCUACCGUGGGGAACUAUGAUUAUGUUCUUGAUUGGGAAUUCAAGCAAAGUGGCACCAUCAAAGUUGGGGUGGGUUUGACAGGUCUCCUGGAGGUGAAGGCCACGUCAUACACAAAUUACGACCAGAUAACACAAAAUGUGUACGGAACCUUGGUAUCCGAAAACACCGUCGCCGUUAACCACGAUCAUUUCCUAACAUACUAUCUAGACCUUGACGUUGACGGUAACAGCAAUUCCUUCGUCAAGGGCAAAAUAGUAACUGCGGGAGUCUCCGCCAAUAAUCCCACAUCUCCUAGAAAGAGUUACUGGACGGUCGUUAGGGAUACAGCCAAGACGGAAGCCGACGCCAGGAUUCGGCUCGGCAUGGAGCCAGUCGAGCUGUUGAUUGUGAAUCCAAAUAAGAAGACGAGGGUUCGGAAUCACGUAGGUUACCGGCUGGUUACAGGACAGCCGGUUACUUCUCUUUUGGCGGAAGAUGAUUACCCGCAGAUCAGGGCUUCUUAUACCAAGUAUCAAGUUUGGGUGACCGCCUAUAACAAGUCGGAGAGGUGGGCUGCUGGAUUUUACAGUGAUAGGAGCCGAGGAGACGAUGGCUUAGCUGUUUGGAGCCAAAGAAAUAGAGAAAUCGAGAAGAAAGAUAUAGUUUUAUGGUACACGGUUGGGUUACAUCACAUUCCUUACCAAGAAGAUUUCCCAGCAAUGCCCACACUUCAUGCAGGUUUUGAGCUCCGGCCUGCCAAUUUUUUUGACAACAGCCCCUUGCUAAAUUAUUAAUAUAACCAAUAUUUAUAUGACCCAAUACACUUCCUAACUAGUGAAUCAAGAAAAAUCAUAUAUAUUUCAGUAUUAUAUAUAUAUAUAUUUAUAUAUAUAUUUUAUGUAUUUAAUCUUCUUGUUUAAUAUAUAUUCAUUUAUUCAAGGGAUAUUCUGUAAUUAAUUCCUUUGCCCAAAAUAAUGGAAUUUUAUAUGAAGGAUGGGUUAUUGUAAACUUGUAAUAAACUUAGUUAAUUUAUUAAUGCGAU